UUUUACAAAUUAAACCCAAUUUUAGGCGAACAAUUUAGAGCUUUAGGGCAGGGAAGAUCAUUUUUUCUUUUCUUUCUACUCUUAAGUCCACAGCAGCCUGACAGGUCAUUACCAGUUUCACUCUUUAGCAGCUCACACUCUUUCCUUGUUUAUUUUACAGAAUGUUUCUCAAGGUGCAGAUGCCAUGGAAUGUCAUAAUUCCUGCUGACAGCUUGGAUGCCAAAGGCUUGAUGCUCAAAAAGGCAAUAGUGAUCCGCCUUAUGGAUGAAUUUGCUUGCAAGAAGGCCACCAAGGAUCUCGGAUAUUUCAUGGCUGUAACAACCCUAGAGAGCAUUGGCGAGGGCAGAGUUAGACAGAACUCAGGAGAUGUGCUUUUCCCUGUUGUCUUCAGCGGAAUUACAUUCAAGAUGUACAGAGGAGAGAUUCUGCAAGGGGUUGUACAUAAGAUACUAAAACAUGGAGUGUUUUUGAGGUGUGGCCCAGUCCAAAACAUAUAUUUGUCUCACAUAAAAAUGCCCGACUACCAAUAUGUGCCCGGGGAGAAUGGUAUAUUCAUGAACGACAAACACUCAAAGAUUGAUAAAGAUGUGAUCGUUAGAUUUAUCGUGAUUGGGACCAAAUGGAUGGAGGCCGAGAGGGAAUUUCAGGCGUUGGUGAGUUUGGAAGGUGACUACUUAGGACCAGUUUCCUGAAUAUAUGACUUUGGUCAACCUAUGUACGUAUUAGGAACAUGUAGUUUUUGCGACUAUAGGGCUAACUUAUGAUGUUAACUUGGUUUUAUAGCUUUUGUAAAACUCCUCGCUUAUAGGUGAUGGAUGUGAUGGUAUAUUUGCAAUAUUCAUAAA